AUGAUCCACUCGGUGCUUAUCUUCAACAACAAUGGCCUCCCCCGGCUCAUGAAGUUCUAUACCAACGUCGACCUACCCACCCAACGUUUACUUCUCCAACAGGUGUUCCAGCUCAUUCUGACCCGGCUGGCGCAGGAGUGUUCGUUCAUCACCCCGCCCAAGUUGUUGGAGGACCUCGACGAUAUCAAAGUGAUCUACCGCCACUACGCCACGCUCUACUUUGUGUUUAUCGUCGACGACCAGGAGCUGGAGUUGGGUAUUCUCGACCUCAUCCAGGUGUUUGUCGAGUGCUUGGACAAGUGUUUCACCAAUGUGUGUGAGCUCGACCUUGUGUUUGGCUGGCAGGUCCUCCAGACGGUGCUAGAGGAAAUUGUCCAAGGGGGGAUGGUUAUCGACACUAAUAUCAACCGGAUCGUGGCUGCAGUGGACCAGGCCAACGGCAUAUUGGAGCCAGCGCCGCUGCCGUUCUCGCGAUUCUGGGGGAGAUAG